UUUGUUGAUUUGGUUAUUAGCUAAAAAAAUGUAGGCAAGAAUCCAACAAACAGAGUUAAAUAGCUACAGAACUCGCAAAGACGAGUGUAAAUUUAACGCUGGUAGUGGUAACCCAAGCUUCAGAUGGAUUGUAGCUAACAGGUGCGGUACAUUAUUUUGAAUUCUUUAAACGCUGUCAGCUCUUUGUUCGGAUUCUUGACGGGUCCACGCGCCUUUUAAGCCAGUGUAUAGUGAAAGUGUAGGCUUAUGUAGGAGUGAGUGUGGCGGGGACAGGGCUCUUGUAGCGAGGCUUUUUCAGCACCACGGGGAGCGACCCUGCCGCUCCUCCCGCCGCCUGCAUAAUUAAUCCGUAAAGAAGUCGUUCAAUCCUCCGCCCAGCCGUCGCGCCAUUGGUUGAGUGCUAAUCUACUUCCUGAUUUGCUGCUGUCAGUCUCGAUCCAAAUAAAUAGUAUUGUACCUGUACCAGCGUGCACAGGUUGCCAACGAGUCUACGUUCCAGCUUUUAAGGUCCUGAAGACUGGGACCAACUGAGUGAUUCUGUUUGCGACACAGGCAUCAAAAGCCCCACGGACUGUCCCUGUUUUUUUAAGUUUUGAGAUGAAUCUGAACUACAUUUCUCCGGUCCCCCAGAUGCCGGCUCAAAGGUCAACGUCUUUCUUCAUUGAAGAUAUUUUACUACAUAAACCUAAACCUUUGCGAGAGGUGUUUCCCUCGCCCUUUUCAAACUCUCUUGCCUCCCGGAUGCCUCUUAUAGAGUAUGGAUAUCCACUCAUGCCUACACCGAUACUGGCUCAUCAUCCGCAUCAUCCGCUACACAAACCCGAACACCAUCCAUACUUUUUCACCUCCGGAAUGCAGAUGCCUGCGUUAUUUCAGCAUCACCCCGAUUUACCAGGGAAGCACUGCAGACGCAGAAAGGCCAGAACAGUGUUCUCAGACUCACAGUUAUCCGGACUGGAGAAAAGGUUCGAGAUCCAGAGAUAUCUGUCCACACCUGAGCGCGUGGAGCUGGCUACUGCGCUCAGUCUAUCGGAAACACAGGUAAAGACGUGGUUUCAGAACCGGAGGAUGAAGCAUAAAAAGCAACUGAGGAAAACACAAGACGAUCAGAAAAACCCAAAUGAUGCAGACAGAUCGCUGGAGAACACGAGCGAGAGCGAAAUGCACGAGAAAAGUACAGACGGUAAAAACGGCAUGAGCCCGGACAGAUACACGCUGGACGACAAUGAAGAUGAUGUCGAUAUUGAAGAUGACAUUUGCUCUCCUGAACAUUUACUCUAGUAUCAUCACCCCAUGAACAAUUAUUUUUUAUUUUUUGUAAUUUUUUUGCGAGAGAGCAUUGGUCUACUGUUAUACUGUUCAGGCGCUUAAGAAAAUUCUGGACAGCUGAAGGACUUUAAAUGACACGUGUCUAUUCCACAUUAUUAUUAUUAUUAUUAAUAUUAUUAUCACAAUAGUCAUGGCUUUGUGUCGGACGACUUUGAUCAUUUCUGUAAAUUUGGAAUGAAUGAUAUAAUGUAUACUGACAGUCUGUAAAUAGAUUUAUGAUGUACUUGAUAAACAAUCAUUCGAGAGAUGUAACCAUUAAUUUCCAUUACAAUUGAAGUGUAACAUUUAAGAUAUUCAGCACUUUAGCGAGACGAUGAUAUUGGUUGGAAUUUUGUAGACUGACAUAUUUAUGAACUCAAAAACUGUGACUUGCCAUUUGUUAAAACAAAUAAUGUAUAUAAACAAAUGUACAUUGAGUGAAUUAUCUAAGACAAUUCUUAAACGA